CGGACGCGUUUCGUAGGUCAGAAGCUGUCCGGUAGUACGCCGGUGCUGACGCGUCUCGAGAGGAAUUGGCAGAGUUGUUUCGUCGCGAGUGUUUCGGAAACCGUGAAACACGACCAUCGGUACGGAAACGGCCUGUAACAGUUCGCCGAGCGUGAAAGUGUUAACGAAAAGUCCAGCAAACGAAAAAUGAAUUUCCCGUGCCGAAGCGCAGUGAAAAGUGUCGUAUGCAUGAAAUCUACGCACAGUUCUGACAUUUUUUGUGGUUUAAGCAACGCAACGGACCGGAUCAUCCCGGGCCAGUAGGAACCCAGUUCGAGACGAAACCACGCUUCCACGACGAAAGCAAAAAAAUGAUAAUCGAACUGUCCAACUUCAGUGAUAAACUGCGCCAGUACAGGCUGAUACUGGAGAAGCUGACCGCCGAACAGCCAAACUAUGAGCGGCGCAGGGAAAAGCUAAGCAAGCUCAGCCAUAGACGGCGUUCUUCCCGGAAGCCUGAUGCGGCAGAGUGCUACAUGUGUAACGUAAACAUCGAACUCGAAAGUACAGACAGCUUCGCAACAUGCCGCGGUUGCGAAAAACUGGUCUGCCGCGGCGAGAACUGCUGCCAGUGGGUGGAAUCGAUCGGCAUCUGGGAAUGUACCGGGUGUCAAUCGAAUCGCGUAAUCCAGCAAAAAGCGGGCGAAUGGUUGCUGAAUCAGUUGACCGCCCGGCUCAAACAGCCCGGCCCGGUAGAGCUGAAGGAAGCCAAUCUACUCGGGCUCGGUUUGGACACCGAUGACGCGCGCAGUACGACCAGCUCGACGGUUUCGGCCAACCAGCGUAUAAAGGUGCGAGAAUUCAUCGAGGAGCUGCUGUCGAGCAUGCUGCACGGUCCACUGGACGAUGUUUCCGUUGGGCAGCUAAUGAAACAUGAAAGCUAUAUAAGACUUUUUCGCAAGUUCCACACACGUUUGAGCAGGUGUCUGUACAAUCUUGAACUCUCGAUCCAUCACUCACUAAUGUCGGAUCUACCACUAUGGGAAGGUCAACAGCAGCAUCACAGCCCGAGCGAUCAGCACUUCGAGCUGAAGCGACUGGUACAGAAGAUUCUGGAAGAGAUCGCCAAGCUGCCGGAGCUGCUGAACCACAGUGGCCUUCCGCUACGGCCGGAAGAGCAUCUGCCGUACUUCGAUCCGAAGAAGUACGAACAGCUGUUGGCCACUGCGGUAUUGAAUAAGGUGGUGGACGACUAUCGGAAUCCGAAAAACUUCACUAACAGCGGUGACGUGGCAGGGAAAUCGAGCGGUGCUGCCACGCCGUUCGGUACGGUUGACAUCAACCACAAUCAGCUGUCCGAGGAGGGCAGCCAUCGGGGUUUGCUGAGCAAAGAAUCACUCCGGCAGAUGUCCGCAACGGCUGACGACGUCCAAUUGCACGAAGGUGUCAGCUAUACAGCCCCCGGAGAACGACGACUCUCCGAUACAGACGAGUCGUACCUGAGCGAUUACAUCCAACGGCACAAAGUACCCCUGCCCGAUCUGUCCGAUACGACCGGUUCCGGUUCCGGUGCGGAGGACGACGAUCUGCAAUCACUCAAAUCGAACGCCACCGAUGGUACGUGGGAGGAGAAUUGGCUUUUCCGCAAGCGGCAACUAAAAACGACCGAAUCCUCGAUCGCCAUGCUCGUGCCAUCGCCGACGGAAGAGGUGAAAGCACUGAUCGGCGACAAGAAUGCGGACGAGAUCAGCGAUCUUUCGGAGGCCGGCUCGGAUUGCGAGGGGUACGAGUCGGAUGGUAAUGCGAAUGCAGGAACAGCCCCAGAACAGCGUCCUGCGGCAGUAACAGCAACGAGCAGUAAGGAUACUAGCGAGGGUAUAUCCUCCUCGUCCAAAACACAAGAUUCGUUGGAGGAGCAUCUGCCGCCCGACAGUCUCGUGUCGAUCAACUCACUGCCGGUCAAUGAGGAUGUCCUGUCGGAGGCUACCAACAGUCAGCUGCUGGCAGAACAGUCGACACAGAACCAAACCAACGGUCACAGUGCCGUCGGAUUGCAGAUCGAUGAUCUGAUCAGUAUAGAACCGGUAGCGGAGAAGGUGGAAACUACCAAUCCGGCCAUUACGAAUCCCUUCCUGGAUGAUGUUUUUGAGGCAAACAAUAACGUCAUCACCGAUGAUGUAAAGUUGCUACAGCGUACCGAGGCCGGUGACAAUCGCAGUUCCGCCACCGAAUCCAACACCAACGGUUACGGUGACCGAAAAGAAAUCCCAAUAGAUCGAGCACACCAAGAACAACAACACACGCAUUCGUAUAGUUCUCCAUCAAAUCCCGUAGUAACCGUAGCAGGUAGUAAUAGUAGCGUUAGUGUAGCGGAUAGCACAAUUGGUAAUGGUGCUAGUGAAGAUAAUACACCCGAUAGCGACCACGGUGGAAGGUAUACUAACAAACCUGAGUGUUUCAAACAACCGGAAGUGUCCCAACAACUGCUGCUGCUGGAAACACAGUCACCGCCGGACUCGCCGAUACAGCAGGUGCUGUCACCACAUCCGAUCACGAUGACGAUCACGGAUGUGUUUGAUCGGCUUGCGAACAGUUCCCCCCUGACAGCCAUCUCCGAGGAGCAACCGCCGGCCAUCCUGCAGGAAGUGAUUGAAUCGGAACCAUUGCCAACUGUGGAACCGAUAGAGACUUCGCUGGAAGUCAUUGCGGAAGAGUGUUCUCUACCGACGGAAGUGAAACAAUCGGCACUGCUUCCAGCGGACAGUAUGCAAACGGAACCGGAUGACGAUUGCGAGUAUGGCACGGUGUCGGAAGCGACGAAUAACAGUCUCCCGUUGGCGGAAUCGUUCAAUGGUUUGGAAUCGUUUGACGCGUACGAACCAGCUACCGAUGCCAGUCUGCUCACGGGACAGGACGAUGAGUUCUGUUCGUUGAUGGAAGAACACUAUCCCGAUCGAACGAUGGCAGAAAGCUCACCAGAGCUGCUUCAAAUACGGGAAACUCCACCAGCGGCACAUUACGUGGGCAAUCCCGAGCAGCUAGAGUUUGCCGAGCAGCUGAAGACACUGGAACAGACUUCUGUGGCCGUCAAGCAUGAUCCGUUUGAAUGUGCCGUAGAAGACACGCCAACUCGAAUAACGCUUCAACCAGAUCUGGUGACGUUCGACAAUAAUGCCCCCAGCCCGGAAGGUCCGCCCGGGAUUGGGGCCGUUACGGAGCAGAUGCGUGCCUACUGUGAGGAACUGAAGAAUAUUCUUAACCACCCUGCUGUUGACUUGGCGGAAGAACCACUUCCACCCUACCCGGAUCCCGAACCGGAGCAGUGGGAAAUGGUAGAAUCACCCGAGGAACUCGAUGCCCUGGCCGCAUUUCACGAGGAGCUGCAGAUGGCCAUAAAUGAUCCAACACAAACGGAAGUUCGCGCGUGUAAGGAUCAUGCGAUUCGCGAUGUGCCUCUCGUUGAUCUAGACGAAUCCUUUCCUAGUCCCAUGGAAAUAGCAGGUUUACAGAUGGCUGAAUAUAGUGACAGCUUGAAGAACAUAGAGUACGUACAGGAGGCCAUUGUGAUGGAUGAAGAAGCGGCCCCGCUUCUGGAGUGUAGCAUCGAGUCGGCAGAAUCACCACAAGCGUUACGUGUGUCUUCACCGGAACCGCCGCCGCCGAUGGUUACUGUGCUGCACACACCAUCCACCGAGCAACCAUCCACGACGGCAACGAUCGAAAGCGAAGACCCUUCGGGCGAGGAUCCGUCCACACACACGGAGGAAUCGAUCGAGUCCCGGUCGGAGUCCAAAAUCGACGACACCAGCAUGCCCUUCAGUGACACAGAGCUUCCCUCCCUCUCAUCGCCAUUUACUUCUUUCUCUACCAACACCACCACGCCCUUCAUCAACUCCGCCACCAUUAACAAUUGCAUGUCAACUAACCUCACGGAACAGGCAUCGUCACCUAGCAUUGACACUAACCCCUCGAAUAGCAAUCAAAGUAUCGUAUGCGCACCUUCUCCAGACACCGUUCUGGAGGAACCGCACGCACUGGACUCUGUGGCUGACGCUUGUUCGAUCGUUGCAGCACAAAAAAUACCCGACCAUCAGCAGGGCACCACCAACGGAGCAGAAGAUGGUCGGACAGGCCACAACGAUACGGAUGAUCAUGAGGCGUCCCUGGAUGUGACGGACACGUUGAUACCGGGAUCGAUUGCCGAGCGGGAGCAUCUGAAAUGGCGUAACGCUAAACCGAUCGCCAACAAUCCUUACUCGCCGGAUGCACUGCAGCGUCGACUGUCGGAAAAGAGUCGACCUACCAGCAUGAUCGAGAUCGAUCGCUUAGUGCGGAAGGAAGCUGCCCCGGCAGCGGGUGACGCUGGGGUACUCAUUGACGACGAGCCCACUCCACCCAAAGAACCCACUGACUCUGGCACGGAAAAUGAUCGUUCGUUACAGUCCGUUACGGGGGGUGUUUUAGCGGAAACGAAGAAGAUCGGACGGGAAUACUACAUCAAUGAUCCCGAGCGUCUACGUGCGGGCGGUGCACCGGUGCAAACGCUGGGUGUUCAACAGCAGCAGCAGCAGCAGCACAGUACCGACGAUGAGAAAUCCCUUCUGCUCGGCCGCAAUGUGGAUGAUGGUGUAGCGGUGCAGCAAAAGCUGUCCGCAGACCCAUCCGGCAACUCGCUGUACCGUUCGAGCAGCUUCGGCAAACAGCGAGAUCCAAAGGUGGAAGAUAUCUUCGCCGCCCGUCCCAUACAGGUGAUGGCCGAUGAUCCGAUCCUUAAGCAGGGUACCAAGUUGAGCUACCUCAGUACGCCCGCGCGUGAGAUCUAUCUCGUCCCGGUGGAGCCGGAACCGAACGGUUCGAUGAUGAGCAUCUCGUCCGAGCUAAGCUCCGUCAACUCGCCAACCUCAUCAACCGCCCGCCCGGAACUGGACAGCCUUACGUACAGUGAAGAUUCGGACGUAACGCGCAUCUACGAUCUGACCACCGGCGAGGCGAAGGUGGUACGUGCGAACCAAAUGGAACCGGAACCAGUGCACGAUACCAUCCUGCAAAUACUACCUCAAUCGAGUCCGGUUAAGCCGGCGAAUGCUAGUCACGCAGUGCCACCAGGUACCAGUGCCGUAUCUGCCCUAAAGUCUCAGCUAUCCACCGGCGACCGGGCGGACGAUCGUACCCACGCACGCCGUUCGCCCUUCCCAGUGAAACCGCUCUCACCGGAAACGAUCAAAUUCUUCGCCCCGAAACGCAAGCUUAGCUUUACCGGUAGCACCAACAGUUUGGUGAGUGAAACGGCCAAAGGAUGCGAACAGGGCACUACGCACGUACUGCCGUCGAUGCACUCGUCGCUUCACAUUGACUUUCCUGCCACGCGAACGGUCACCGGUAGCGAGUUUGCGAUCAUCGAGAAGGACGUGAUCGAUGUGUUGCCCUCGGUGAAGGAACUGGCCAAGUGCUACAGUGGAAGCACGAGCGAUGUCUCGACGAUGCCACCCAAACCACUGUACAAACCAAGGAUCAAACUUAGAAAGGACUUUAUCCGCCAGUCGUCCGAUGUGCUGAACGAGGAAGGGAUGCCGAGCGUCGAUGCGAAGGGCCAGCGGCAGUACAGCAGCACGAGCAGUAUUGCGGUGCGGGACGAAAUACGCGAGAUACGGAAGCUCAAUCUGGAGGCGUACCGGCAGUCGACGUACUACCCGAUGGCACCCGGUCACAGCAUAACGGCGCGCAGUCUGUCCAAGCAGAUCCGUGAGCAUAAGGCCAACAACGUAACAGACGAUCAUAAGGUGGGCCAACAGGAGGAACCGUUGCCGACAGGGGACGGUGAUAGCAAUGGUGAGGGGAACAGUGCGGGUAAUGGUGACGAUGGCCAUACGUCACCGGAACGUCCCGGCAGUCCCGUACUACUUCCAGGCCAUCUGAAGAAUAGCAUACAGUUUUUCGAAAGCCUCAAGAACAAAUCGUAAACCCCCGAGUGGACAUCCCCGGACUUCGGAAUACCCUCACCGGUUGGAAGAGGAACUCACCCGAUGUAAUUUCUCCUCGAGUGGGAAAAAAAACGAGACGGAGAGUGUGAGAGAGUCGUUGUGCCAUUUUAAAACCAGUCGCCUAGCGGGCCACCCCCAGUGUGUGGAAAUUCAUUUAGCCAUGUAGUUUUUCAUGUACACAUACAAACCAUACACAGCUCAUCCAUCAUCGCUCAACGCUUCGGUAGGAUGUAUUCCAGGGCUAGAUUUACUUGAAAUGCAUUCAGAUGUAAUGUGUGUGAUUUGGGGCCAUCUUGUUUCCUCUCGCCAGUGGCGACAAUUUUCAAGACCCAGUAAGUUCUAUCCAUCGCGCUUUGUGCAAGGAGCAGCCUUCCGCAUACGGGGAUGUAGGAAUGAAGGAAAAACAUACCCACACACACACACACACGCACGAACAGGAUUAAUUUAUUAUUGGCUGCGUUUGAAACACUUCAUUGGUUGGUUGUACAGUGAUCCAUCUACGAUGCGUCUUUUAAAAUCAUCAUUUGUUUUUUUUUGUUACAUUUUUUUCACCCUUGGUUUAAGCGUCAUUUCAUUACCAUUUUGUUAUGUUCAUGCACUGUUAAUGAGUUUGUAGUUUUUUUUCUUUCUCUUCUUUUAACGUUCCUUUCUUUCCUGCAUUUACCAUUGCAAGAACAGUGAGCUUUCUGUUUUCACAAGUGGUUCAUUCUCAUCUUAGCGAAUAAAGAUGAAUUUAUGGAUUUGAUGGAAAAUAAAGCAUUUAAAAAACUAAACCUCAA